AUUUCCUUGGAGUUAAGUUUUCAAAUAAUUAUUCAUAAGUCAUAACAUCAAAACAAACAAGAUUGUGGGUGUAAUGUGUAAAUGUAAAAAAGAAGGUGGGCCUCUCUGCUAAUUGUAAAAAUGACGCAAAAUAAGAUCUUUAAAGUAGAAAUAAAUGAAAAUACAGCAAAACCUCCAGAAUCGAAUACAAGAGUGCCUUCAAGAAUAUUGCAUUUUAGUGAUGGGGACGUGGAAGUUUUCGACGAAGAUGAACAAGAAACUCAAAUAGCUCCACAAAACAAAGCUGUAAUUGAUCCAAGCAAAUUGAAAUGGGGUCCUUGGUUUGCACACAAAGCAAUAAAUACGGGCCAAACAGUAUUAAGUGCCUGUGAUUAUGCUGGUGAAACGUUAGCAUAUUAUUUAGGGAUAACAAGUCCUAAAUAUCAAUUUGAAAUUGCGGAAUAUGAGAGAAUGAAAGAACGCAAAAAACUAGAAGCUGAACAGAAGGAAAGGGAAGGAUGGGUAAGCAAUCAAGGCGAAGACGUUCAGACACAACAACCUCACCCACCAGACGCAUUAGUUUAAAAAUAACAUGAAAAUAUCAAAACUGUAAUUAUCUAUAGACAGAAAUAUUUGUUAACUUAUUAAGCCGUUUUUUAAUAAAUUAUUUAUAUAAAUUUUUAUUUUAA